AUGAUGAAACUUAUCACCUCCGUAGUCUUACUUUUAUCAGUAAUUUUUUAUUUCAUUGGUCAAACCAAAGCUGCCAAAGAUUUACCAGAACUUCCAGAAAUUACAAAAGAAAUUUAUUUUGAUAUUGAAGAAGAUGGAGAGUCAAUCGGUCGUAUUACCAUUGGAUUAUUUGGUGAUGUAGUUCCAAAAACUGUUGAAAAUUUUAGAGCUUUAGCUACUGGUGAAAAAGGAUUUGGUUAUCAAGGUUCAAUUUUCCAUAGGGUCAUUCCAAAUUUUAUGUUACAAGGUGGUGAUUUUACUCAUGGUACCGGAGUUGGAGGCAAAUCAAUCUAUGGAAACAAAUUUGAUGAUGAGAAUUUUGAAGUAAAACAUGAUCGUCCAGGUUUAUUAUCAAUGGCCAAUGCUGGUCGUAACACGAAUGGCUCACAAUUCUUUAUUACUACCGUCCCAACUUCUUGGUUAGAUGGAAAACACGUUGUUUUUGGUGUAGUUACUGAAGGUAUGGAUGUUGUUAAAAAGAUUGAAGGUGUUAAAACAGGACGUGCUGAUCGUCCUACAAAAGAAAUCAAGAUUUUAAGAAGUGGGGAAAAUAAACUUGAAGUUGAAAAAGAUGAACUUUAA